AAAAACUUUGCAGAGAUACAUUUCCCUAACAGCCAAAGUGCACAACAUGUUUUGCCCAAACCAGGCAGACACAAUCAAGGCCCUUUGCGAGAAAUGCAACGUGGGAACAAAUGGAACAAAACUUGACUGUAUCAAGAGACUGCAAAGCACGCUGGGAAGCCCAACUGUCUUCAAUAAGGUCCUGUCUCAGAUCUGGGGAGCAUCAGGUGGGCUGCUGGUUGCAACAUGUCCACACAAAGUUGUGUAUGCUGUGAAGUUUGUGUUGCGAGGGGAAAGUCCAAGAGACUUUGUGGACUUGUUGCUAUCCAUGCAAUGGAUUCCCACAGUAACUAUCACUGAUAUGCCACAGAUUAUUGCUCUGCAUGCCAACAAAAGGAGUCCCGGUACAUUCCAUCCUCAUGAUGGACGGCUGGCAGAGCCUACCACUGAAAACAUCCGAAUGGCAAAGGAGGGUAAGUUCAUGAAGGACUUGCCCUGUCUAACCGUGGGGGAAACAACUGGCGCACACAGCGACAGACAGGUUGUGGCAGAACAUUCCUAUCAACGUCAACUGCACCCUGCCACAGGCACAUCUGAAAGAUACUGUCUAUUUGACUGGUUACAUCAAAACAAUUCCUGUCAGGAAAGGGAAAUACUUAGGCAGGCUUCGCUUGUGCAGCAGAUGAGGGGGUGGCUGAACACCCAAGGGGUUGAGCAACUAUUCAGCAACCUGGGCAAAAGUAGCUACUUCUUGGAUCAACUAACCCCAGCAAACCAUGUGUUCUCAAUACGUCUCAUUGGCCAUCUACACAACAUACAAGUGAACCAGGACUUUCUGACUUCCAUCAUGCGGCAGCAACAUAUGGAUGUGGGCAUAGGAGAGGAUGGCAGAGUCAGGCUAUCUACUACCAAAGGAGAUGCCGAAAGUAACUUGACAGCCAAGGUUGACAACGAUCCUGAGGUGUCUGUGCGAAAGGAAUACCACAGACGACUUGGUCCAGAUGAUACCAUAAGAGAUACACCGUUGCAGAAACAGGAAAAGAACGCCACUGCAGGUAGCAAAAGAUGCAAAGUGCAAGCAUGCCCGGACCAGCUUCAACCGAAGGGUCUUUCAAAUCCUGGGGAUAACCGCUGCUGGGCCAAUGCAGCAAUCCAGUGCCUCACUGCCAUUGGGGCUGGGGACUACUUCAUCAACAAUCCCAAGGAUACUUUCUUACACUGGCUGGGUGAAUUCAUGUCUACUCACAUGUAUGGUCAACUUGGGCAGCCUAGAGUUGUAGACACAACAGAGCUUAUUGGGAAGAUUAGAAGUGAAUUUCCCACUCUCAGCAGCAACGGUGAACAGGACAGCUUAGAGUUCCUCAUGCUGUUGUUAGACAGAAUGGAGGGGCCCUGGACGUUGAAGCUUUCUUUGAAGACAAAAUGUAAUGAUUGUGGCUGGAUCUCCCCAACCUGUACUCAACAAGAUAGCCUGUAUCACAUCCACGCACAUGGAGUUGAAAGCGAUGUGCUGCGCGUGAGUGAACUGCUUCACGAAUCUUUUCAUGAAGGCCUUGAGGGGACUCAGUUACCCUGUAAGGUGAAGGGCCACAAGGGGUACCAGGAAAGAAGCAUCACUUCGAGUUCAAGUGGAAGUUUCUUAAUUCUUGUGAUGGAGAGGGCCAUUAGUUACACUGACCAAGCUACACUGUCUGACAGCCGUGAUUUGGAGGUGGAAGAGAAACUGUCUGUUGGACAGCAUGAGUAUCAACUGAUGGCAAUCCUGUGUCACACAGGAAGUCGCACCACAGGCCACUACUUUGCGAAGACACUUCGGGAGGGACAAUGGUACUCUUUUGAUGAUGGUAGAGUUUCCAAGUUUAACAUCAAGAAGAAACGAGCAAGUCAGGAGUACAAAGCGUUCUUUUACAGAGAAUGUGCUCGAACACAAGAGGAUCACCAAUCUCAUGGAUUGCAGGAGAUGGAGUCAAAAACAGACCUGGCCCAAGAAAUGCAGCUCCAGGAGGAAAUUCUUGCAGAGAUCGAUGGAGAAAAGGUUACACGGAAAGACAUGCAAGGCUUGAAUGGCACAAACCUGCUGAAUGACAAUAUUGUGAAUUUUUACAUGAAAAUGAUCAUGGAGAGAAGCAGGCUGACAGGCUACCCAAGAGUGCAUGCGUUUUGCUCCUUCUUCUACCAGCAGCUGCUGCAGAAUGGCUACUCUUCUGUUAAAAACUGGACUAAGAGAGAUGACCUGUUCUCUAUGGAUCUUGUCUUAGUUCCAGUCCACCUACGAGUAAAGAAGCACUGGUGCUUGGCGGUGAUGGACAUGAGAAGUAAAUGUAUCAACUACUUUGAUUCAAUGGGGGAGAUGAACAAGGAAUGCCUUGAAUGUCUUAGGGGUUAUCUACAGGAAGAGCACAAGAGAAAGAAAGGAACAGACCUAGACCUGUCAAAAUGGACAACAAACUUUCCUAAGAACCUACCAAAGCAGCUCAACUCCUUUGAUUGUGGGGUCUUUGCAUGCAAGUAUGCUGAGGUUGCAAGCCGGGAUGCGAAGAUGAGCUUCACUCAGCAUGACAUACCUGCCUUCAGAAGACAGAUGGUUGGGGAAAUUCUUGACAAGAAGUUGAAAGGCAAGAAAACCACUGCUGUAGAAUCCAUGUCAGACUCCAGUGCAGCCUCACCCCCUGACUCUUCAGUCUGUGGCUCUGGUGGAGCCUCAAUCCAUGAUGAUGAGAGGCCAAAACAAUCAGAGUCUCAGAAUGCUGGGUUGGAUCUGGACAUUGAGGAGCCUCUUACAGAUUCUCGCAGCGACUGUGCAGAACUACAACGUAGAAUUCAAGCUCGGGAAAAUUUCACUCAUGAUCUGCUAUUUGGGCCAUGCGAGGAGCUCGAGCUGAGGGGCUAUUUUACUGCAGUAAGACCGUAUCUGCAGAGACUUGCAAAUGGAGAGAUGCCAGAAAAUGUCCUGCAUCGUGUCUUCUAUGGACGAAAUCAGGCAGGCCAACCCACCCAAAAACAACUGUGGGACAUGCAUCAUACUCGUGCGUUUGAGUUCGAGCAGGCGACCUUCAUCAGUCAAUGCAUCCUGGAUGAAGUGAAAGUUCCCAUUGAUGACCUAGUAACGAAGGCGAACUAUGAAGUCAUGGUCCUCCUGCCAGAGGCCCUGGCUGCGAUCUACAAGGAAAGGAAAGGCCUAGCCACAAUGGAGGAGGCCAGGAACCGUAUUUGGUUAGCCAGUUUCCAGCUAGAUCUAGAUUAGAAGUUUGAGUAGUCUUUUGUUUGCCUUUGAGACCUAGUAUUCCUGUGUUGUUGACAAUGUACAACAUAUACAUGUAUAUUCAAGAGUCAACAUAUACAUGUAUAUUCAAGAGUAAGACUAAGAUUGAUUUGGUUGAAAUGUGGUCAUGAGUUUUCCCUAUGUUGUAAGUCUCACAAUGUACUAAAUAAAUAUGCAAGACAUGAUUCACUUGCGACAUGACUUUGACAGUCCCACUGAGUAUUCCCUAUGUUUUUUAAUGUACAAGAUAUAUAUCUAAAAGACAAAGUAAGUUUUACAGUGUGCCAGAGUGAGACUGUAAGUUUGAUUAAUUGGAUAUGUAACAAGAACAAACUGUUUUGUUAACUUUCACUUUCUUUUCUUGCCUUCACUUUGUUUUUGGAAAGUUUAGAUUGUAAAUUGUAGAGAUGUCAGUUUCUUUUUUACGAACUUGUUGAUAGUAUAUAGUACAUAUUGUGAAGUGUUGUUUGGAAAUAUUCGCAUAUUCGGUAUGCGGAAGCCUGUUCGCUCAGACUAUGAGUCUGUUGAAAAUUAGUUUCUACAUUGUAGAGUAGAUCGAUUAAAUUUUUUCAAAUUUGUUUAUUCAACAUUUAUUGCAAGUUGUUCAGUAUAUUUGUUUUGAGUUAGGUGUGCUGUACAUUCUUUCAUUCAGUGCACAAAUCAGUGUUUCUAAGAACAUCUCAUUUUUUUUGUUUCAAGUUGAAUAAACAUGUUUUGGAGCAUUAACAAGACUGUGCGUGUUAACCUUUAUGUCAAUGUGAUAGUCAAUUCGACACGUUAGUAAACCCAGGGACAUCAAGAAACCCUACCGUAAAGAUUUAGUCACAAGAACUACUGGAAAUGAUAGUAUGGCUACUGCAGAGGUGACAGAGUCUAAAAAGUCCAGUCAGAAAUGCUUUUUUUAUGUUUAGGAGACAGCAUUUUGAUUUCAGCCUCUCGUGGCAUUGUGACCUGAUUUGAUGGGGGUGUGGCUCUUUGAGAUAAUUAAGCAUGUCAGUUUCAAAAUAACUACUGGAAAUGAUAGUAUGGGUACUGUGGAGAUGACAGAGUCUAAAAAAUCCAGUCGGAAAUGCUUUUUUUAUGUUUAGGAGACAGCAUUUUGAUUUUCAGCCUCUCGUGGCACUGUGACCUGAUUUGAUGGGGGGUGUCGCUCUUUGAGAUAAUUAAGCAUGUCAGUUUCAAAAUAACUACUGGAAAUGAUAGUAUGGGUACUGUGGAGAUGACAGAGUCUAAAAAGUCCAGUCAGAAAUGCUUUUUUUUAUGUUUAGGAGACAGCAUUUUGAUUUUCAGCCUCUCGUGGCAUUGUGACCUGAUUUGAUUGGGGGUGUGGCUCUUUGAGAUAAUUAAGCAUGUCAGUUUCAAAAUAACUACUGGAAAUGAUAGUAUGGGUACUGUGGAGAUGACAGAGUCUAAAAAGUCCAGUCAGAAAUGCUUUUUUUAUGUUUAGGAGACAGCAUUUUGAUUUUCAGCCUCUCGUGGCAUUGUGACCUGAUUUGAUUGGGGGUGUGGCUCUUUGAGAUAAUUAAGCAUGUCAGUUUCAAAAUAACUACUGGAAAUGAUAGUAUGGGUACUGUGGAGAUGACAGAGUCUAAAAAGUCCAGUCGGAAAUGCUUUUUUUAUGUUUAGGAGACAGCAUUUUGAUUUUCAGCCUCUCGUGGCAUUGUGACCUGAUUUGAUUGGGGGUGUGGCUCUUUGAGAUAAUUAAGCAUGUCAGUUUCAAAAUAACUACUGGAAAUGAUAGUAUGGGUACUGUGGAGAUGACAGAGU